CUCCUGCUCUCGCGCCUGGUAUAAGAGUCACCCUCACCCACUCUUCGUACUUUCCUCUUCCUUUCCUUCAUCCAUCCCACACAACUACCACUCACAUACUUCAUCCAUCAAUCACUUUCAUCUCACUCAAUCAUCCACUUCGCUUUUUUGCGCAAUCACCCAAUUCAUCAAAAAUGCCUCCCAAAGCUGCUGAGAAGAAGCCCACCACUGGCGGCAAGGCCCCAGCUGGAAAGGCUCCCGCUGCCGAGAAGAAGGAAGCUGGCAAGAAGACCGCGGCCGCUCCUUCCGGUGACAAGAAGAAGCGAGGAAAGACGCGAAAGGAGACCUACUCUUCAUACAUCUACAAGGUCCUCAAGCAAGUCCACCCUGACACCGGUAUCUCCAACCGUGCCAUGUCCAUCUUGAACUCCUUCGUCAACGACAUCUUCGAGCGUGUUGCCACUGAGGCCUCCAAGCUUGCUGCCUACAACAAGAAGUCCACCAUCUCAUCCCGAGAGAUCCAGACCUCUGUCAGACUCAUCCUGCCUGGUGAACUCGCCAAGCACGCCGUCUCGGAAGGCACCAAGGCCGUCACCAAGUACUCCUCCCAGAGCAAGUAAAUCAGUUGAAAUAGUCGCAUGGGGAUGCUUUGGGUGUCUUGGGUUUUCUUAUUACUUGUUUUUUGCAAUGGGGUUGUGGCAAAUGGAACUACGGUGUUGAAUGGUUUUUAACAACACAUUAUGAUGCGUCAUGGGAUUCGGGGAACAACCGUGAUGAGCUCGGGUCAGGCUUGUGAAUUGCUUGCUCAUCAAGAUCAAACAUCAUGCUUUUACGGGUUUUCACACAAGAUGGCUUUUUUGCAAUUCUUCUCUCUUUUCGAACAGAAAGAGGUUGCAAUCAAGAAGGUGUACAAUAUUGAUCAAGAAGCCAGCAGACAGAGCAUGAGAAUAUCAGAUGUUCAGCUUGGACAUGGGCUGAAAUAUGAGAUACUGAAACAAACAAAUUCAAAGCACGAAUUCGGUUUA